CACCCAUCUCACACCAUUUUUAAACUUUUUCUAGUUAUUGUAAAAACAAGUACAGUCUCAAACUAUGGUGGCUGCUAUUACCAUUUCUUCCCCAAAAUCCAGAAUCUUGCAGAAUCCAGUCUCCUUAUAUGAACCCAAUUCUAAUUUUCUUGGUGGUUCCUUAAAGAACUCUGUUUUACCAUUAAAACCCAGAAGUAAAAGAAGAGAUAAACUCAAUUUGGUGGUUGCUGCAGCAAGCAACACCCCCACCACAUCUACUGGCACGUUUUAUCUUAACUUUACUGGCUUUCCUUUCCCUCUUGGUCCUUUCCUCAAUAGACGCACUAUAAGGACUGAGGCUGUAAAGGGUUGUAUAUGGCUAUUCGAACAAGAGCAAGCAUUGGGAUUCAGCAGUGUCUCAACAAAUAUUCGAAUGACAGUCGUCAAACUCAAAUCUGGAGGUUUAUGGGUCCAUGCACCCAUUGCUCCAACUAAGGAGUGUAUUCAGCUUCUGAAGGAGUUGGAGGCUCCAGUAGAAUACAUAGUCCUGCCUACAUUUGCUUAUGAACAUAAAAUUUUUGUUGGCCCAUUUUCAAGGAAGUUUCCACGAGCCCAAAUAUGGGUCGCACCAAGGCAAUGGAGCUGGCCGUUGAAUUUACCACUUGAGUUUUUUGGGAUUUUUCGUGCCAAAACCUUGAAAGAUGAGGAUUUGUCAACACCAUGGGCUGAUGAGAUUGAACAAAAAGUUUUAAGCUCACCUGAAGUUGUUUUCUUUUGGAUUAUUCCAGGAAUUGGACCAUAUGUAGAAGUAGCUUUCUAUCAUAAGCGCUCAAGAACGCUACUGGUAACAGAUGCUGUAAUUUUUGUUCCAAAAGAGCCACCUGAAUGUAUUAGCAAGGAAUCCUUGUUAGCUUCGGCAAAAAAUGGAUUGGCUGUAAAAAUUCUUAGUAAAGGAAAGGAAGUACCUCAGGAACCAGUUGUUGAUAACCCGAUGAACCGUCAAAAAGGAUGGGAAAGGAUGGUUCUUCAAAUCUUGUUUCUUGGCCCGUCCAAUCUGUUGGAACCUAAAGCUAGUUUUGGUCAAAUGUCUCAGAAAUUGAUUGUUUCACCUAUUGUAAAGACUCUGGUCUUCAGCAAAGUUCCUGAAAAGGUCAGGGAUUGGAUUGAUGGAAUAGCUGGGGAUUGGAGAUUCAAGAGAAUUAUUCCUGCUCAUUUUGCUGCUCCAAUAAAUGCAGGCAGGUCUGAAUUUUUAGCUGCAUUUGCUUUCCUAGAUGACCUCUUGGGCGAGCGUUACGUUACUCGGCCUUCACUAUCUCUUCUGUUCACUUCACUUAUGGGGAAGGCUGCCAGUUACUUCCCACCAGAUGACAUGAAGACCUUAUCAUCCCUCGAUCAAUUUUUAGUGUCGGUAGGAGCUGUAAAGAAGACUGUCUCAGGAAGGAAAAAAGCAGCUUGACAGAUAAAUUUAGCUGCAAAAGUUUUACCAUCACCUUUAAUUCACACAUACACUUUUAUAUCAAGAAUUUGACAGAUCAUUAUUGUACAAUAUAUUCAUAUUUGAAUAGGAAAAAGUAUAUAGCUUUUCAAAUUUUGUC